AGCGGCAGCGGCGGCCGCGCAGCCCCGCGGUAUGGAGCGGCGCCGGGGCUGAGCCGGGCGCGCACGGGCCGCCGCAUGUGCCGCGCGGGGAGCGGCUGCCGAGCGGGCGGAGAGCGAGAGCGAGAGGCCCCGUCGGAGCGGCCGCCGGAGCAGCGCCGGAGAUGGGAGAGCAGCCGAUCUUCACCACCCGGGCCCACGUCUUCCAGAUCGACCCCAACACCAAGAAGAACUGGAUGCCGGCGAGCAAGCAGGCGGUCACCGUUUCCUACUUCUACGAUGUCACCAGGAACAGCUAUCGGAUCAUCAGUGUGGACGGAGCCAAGGUGAUCAUAAACAGCACAAUCACACCAAAUAUGACUUUCACCAAAACGUCACAGAAGUUUGGGCAGUGGGCUGACAGCAGAGCCAACACGGUGUUUGGUUUGGGAUUUUCCUCUGAGCAACAGCUGACAAAGUUUGCGGAGAAAUUCCAGGAAGUGAAAGAAGCUGCCAGACUAGCGAGAGACAAGACCCAGGAGAAAAUCGAGACCUCGAGUAACCAUUCCCAAGCAUCCAGCGUCAAUGGGACAGACGACGAAAAGGCCUCUCAUGCCAGUCCUGCUGACGCACACCUGAAAUCGGAGAAUGACAAGCUGAAGAUUGCUUUGACACAGAGCGCCGCCAAUGUGAAGAAAUGGGAGAUCGAGCUGCAGACCCUGCGGGAGAGCAAUGCCCGCCUGACCACGGCGCUGCAGGAGUCGGCGGCCAGCGUGGAGCAGUGGAAGAGGCAGUUCUCCGUCUGCCGUGAUGAGAACGACCGGCUCCGGAACAAGAUUGAUGAACUGGAGGAGCAGCGCAGUGAGAUCAACAGAGAGAAAGAGAAGAACACCCAGCUGAAGAAACGAAUCGAGGAACUGGAGUCAGAACUCCGAGAAAAGGAGACGGAGUUGAAAGAUCUCCGAAAACAAAGCGAAAUCAUACCUCAGCUCAUGUCGGAGUGCGAGUAUGUCUCUGAGAAGUUAGAGGCAGCAGAGAGAGAGAAUCAAAACCUGGAAGACAAAGUGCAAUCUCUUAAGACGGACAUCGAGGAGAGUAAAUACCGACAGCGCCACCUGAAGGUGGAAUUGAAGAACUUCCUGGAGGUGCUGGACGGCAAGAUCGACGACCUGCACGACUUCCGCCGAGGCCUCUCCAAGCUGGGCGCAGACAACUAGGGUUUGGCCGAGGCGGGGGGCUCCCCCUUGUUAGUCCCCCGGGUGUGUGUGAGGAAAAAUAGGACUAGGAUGUCCGACUGUGUGCGUUGCUUCUGUACAUGCAGGCACAGUGUGUCACGAUUCCAAACCAGUUGUGCCAUCCACUCACUCCUCUUCAGAAUAGAAAUUUCCUCUGGCUUCUCUGGCCUUGUGAGGUGGUGGACAACUGGAAGAUUCUGACUCAGGAAUCCAGAACUAGGUCUACCUUAAACGUUUAUGCAGUCAGAGCAGGGACAUUUAUAUCUUUCUUAAGAGCUGUUGCAACCAUAUGGACAAUUUUGCUUUUUAUUGAAUAGUGUUCAGAGUAUUUGAAUGUCCACCAGGCACCAGUCCGUGGUGGGGGGUGGGGCUUGAAGGUAAUAACUCUCUCAGUAAAUAUUGAGAUACCAUAAAACAACCACUUAGUAGAGACUUGUCCAGAGAAAGAAAACAAGUUUCCAGUGGGUGGAUUUCCUGGCACAGGAAUUGCUUGUUUCCACCACACCCCCAGUUUGUAUGGUUGCAACAAUGUUCCUUUCCUUGGUUUUAAUUUCUGAACAGAUGACUGUGCUGGGGAACAGCACACGGUGAGGGUGCCUAGCACAGUGUCUGGCACAAAGUAGGUGCUUAAUAAAUAUUUGUUCGCGUAAACAUAUGAACAGAAUUUAGUGUUUUAAUCAAAUCCCACAGCAGAGUUCAUUUGACCCCUGCUGAAUAGUGCACCAUCUUUGUUGUACUGGGUCAUUAUCAGGCAUAAAUGGGACUCUGUGUGGUCCAGAAGGAUUGCUUCAGUGGCCAUGGGAGAAGCAAGAGCCAAUCUGAAGCCCCUCAGAGCCCAGUCCAUGGUGGGUGUGCCCCAGGGGGUCUCUGACACUGGGACCUCCUUUGUUCUCCAGGCCAGGGGGGUCUGUGGCCUGGAGCUUCCCUGGUGUCCGUGGUCAAGGGGCUGCCCAGGGCAUGGGAUCUAGGGUGGGAAAAGACAGUGGGUUUGGAGGCCUAAGGCAUCAGGUCUUCUGGCUAAGCAUUGCCUUAGCAACAGGAGAUCUGCCCAGCUCUGCCUCUGCCUGGUGCCUUAAGCCUUCUUUCCUCCCUUAUAGUUGCUUAGUGGGGUGCCUGGCAUUUGGGGGGCUGGUGGCAUCCUUCAUUGGGAGAGAUUGAUCCAUUGACGGCAGGAUGAUUUGAAUUCCUGGCCCCACACUUUUCUCAAUGCCUUCUGGGGAGCUUUAGUGUUCUCUUCUCCCUUUGAGAACCACCUAAGAAAACAUCCUGCUCUAGAAAAAUUUUUUCACAGGAUUGGAACAUCUCCCUGCUAACUUGGAUCAAUGAGCAAACAGCCUGAGAAGGGGGCAGUGGCACACACGAUGUGACCUAGGUCACGAGGUGGAUUUACGAGUCAUGCGGCUCCCCCUUCCUCAUUGAGACCACCUCUCAGGACAGGAAAGUCUCUUUGGGAUGGGAGAAGGGAGGGAAGGCUGGUGACCUGGAGCACCAAGACACUCUAGGGGAGACCUCACGGUCUGAGCCGGGCUUUGGUUGAGUGCACUGGGGUGUUGAGGAGUGCAAGGAAGGGAAAGCGGAGGGAGGAGAGCAGGCAGGACGUGGAAAACGUGGGCAGCCCUCUUGGUGAUUUGGGUUCAGCCGUGCCAUCCCUGCCCUUCCCCCCAGAGCUCCAUGUGGCUCUCCCCCAGACAAUAGCUGCUCCCUGCUGACCUCACCAGGACACUCACUGCUGGUGAGCCAACUCUGUGUUGCAGCGGAGGGAUAAAGUAUGGGUUCCUUCUCAAGCCAGCCCACUUCACCCAUCAGCACGUGGCUGCCCAGGAGAGUGGACACUGGGAUUCCAUAUGCCCUCAACUUGGUCUUCAGAUGGCCUGGACUUCUGUCUAUUAGGGGCUUAUUAAUCUAGAAGAAACAUCUCAACUAACUGCUCAGGUGAUACAGUUCAGGUGACAUUAAUAGCCGCAUCAGGUCCUUUGCUGAAGCCAUUUGUGCGUUCUGAUAAGCUGUGGCUUUCGGGAAGAAAACGGCUGUGGUGGAGCCAUCAGCACGGUUGGCUCCUGUAUACCUCUGCAGUUGAGGCCCACAAUCCCAGCUCACGAAUGCUGUAGAGUUGGGUGAGCCUCGUGUAGGUUGUAGGUGAGGAAUUUGAGAGAUUCCCGGUACUUGUCCAGCACCAGGUGCAGGCAGCCUGGGAGCUAAAAGCAGUGGGGUCUCCUUUAUAGGGAAAGGUAAGCUGGGUUCCUCAGUGAAAGCACAACUUUGCAGAAGCACUGAACUUUCAAUUCCUUUUGCAUUUCUCCAAAGACCUUAAUGUUUCUCCAUCCACUUUCUUUAAAAAAAAUAAAAAAAAAUAAGUAGUGGAGACUCGUGGACAGUGAGUCAAGAGACUGGAUGUGUCUGAUAUCACUGGCCCAGUACAAAGAAGGUGACCCAUCCCAGUUUUCACUUGAGCCAACUUUACCUGCCCUCAUUUGUCACUGACAUCCAGCUCCAGUCUUUGGCCUUGGUGUCUUUUAGCUGGCAUUGUCUUAAGCCAAGCGGCAGCAGGGCAUAAACCUUUCAUGAAUAUCAAAACCACGUGUGCUGCCUGGAAGGUUUAGAGCCAGGACCCUGCAUUUUUGGUUUCCAAGCAAUGUCUCCUGAUUUUGACACUCCUUCCAGGACCAGUUGCCUGAACCUUGGUUAGCUUUCAUUCUGCAUCUGUGAAACCUGAAGCCUAAAAGAGGCAAAGCAAAACUUGGAGCCUUUUAACCAUGAAGAUCCUUAACAAUAGCUGUAUUUGUUCCGGCAGGGACCCAACUGGAUACAUUAAAAAGUCAAAAAUGAUGAGUGGAGACGAAGCCAUCCCAGGGUCCAGGGAAUGGAAAACCACAGGAAUGACAGGUUGGGACAGUGUGGUCAGGCCUGGAAGGGAAAGAGAGCCAGUGUUCACACAAGAGCAGUUUCAUCCUCUCCUUCAUGCUAUCAUUUUUAGACCUUAAUUCAGUGAGAGAAUUGUGCAGGUAUCAUCAGCUCCAUUUUGCAAAUGGGAAGCACAGAGAAAGAGUUAGUGACAUGUUCAAGGUCACCCAGCCACUAUGUGGCAGCAUGGACCCGGCUUCCUGGUUUUUGGACCUUGGUCUAGUGUCUUUCUGUGAGCCCUGCCACUGUUUUCCUCUCAGUGACACUUGGGUGCCAAGAAAAAAGUUCCUCUUCUGCCCUGAUAAGAGCAUAUUGCAAUUAUAUUAUUUCAGCAUAUGUUCAUGGCAAAGGACAAUGUACACAUUAGCAAAUCAGAAUUAUAUUUACAUCAGUUACAAAGAGCAAGUUCCACUUUUGAAUGAUUCUGGUUUUGCAGGGGUCCUUCCAGGAGAGUGUUGGUUAACAUUAUGUCCGUCUUCUGAGAGGCCAGUUCUGUGGACCACAAACUCAUACUGAGUUCUUCAUCGAUGGCUUUAGUGGAGGCAGCGCAGUUUGUUCAAAACAAAUGGGAGGCCUUGAGCUCACGGUGGUCAUCAGAGUUGUGGCUGGGGCAUUGCCCGCCCUUGCCCUUCCCCUUCCUGGUGAUGAGUCAGCCCAGGGCGGGAGGGGGAGCAGGCUGGGCCAGUGGUUUGAGCAACACCCAGGAAGACUAUCUGUGGAAGGGCAGUUAGUCUCCAGCUUGGAAGCUCUUUGUGAACUUCCCUGUAGACUAGGGCCAGCCCACAGAUCCUCGGUAGGAGGGAUGGGUGUUGGCAGGCACCUGGUGGUGUGUAUUGUACUUAGUGAGGCAUCGAGUCAAGGGUGCUUCAUACAGAGUUAACAUGCUGCCUGGAAACAUCGUGAUCUGCCCAUCUAAAAAGGACUCCUUUUCUAUAGAGAGCCAGUCACAGGGUGCGCUGGGGACCCUACUGUGGACCCUCAUUUGUGGCCCGGUGCACCCUCAGCCACCAUGUGGCAUAGCCUGGGUGCUCUGAGAGGCUGCCCUUCCGAGGGAGCCAGCCGAUGCUCCUUGCUAACAGCUGAAAGAGGGUUGUGUCAUUCGUCCAUCUAGAAGUUAUCAUUCUUCUGUGCACCUGAAACUAGAAGGAGUUUAAACUAGAAGCUUGCUUAUUGGUGUCCACACAUAUUUUUUAAUGAUGUGCAUGUUUUAAGAAGAUUCUAAUUUCUGAGUAUAUGGUUUCUCAAAUAUUACAUAUUCUGGGGAUGGUGGAGGUGAGGGCAUGGAGUCCUCUAUAAAAGUGUAUCCUAUUAACCAGUCUUUUCCAUACACCUAUCUGAACCAUCUCAAAAAUAUGGGUUUCCAUCUAGUUCCUCUUUGAACACUGGCCAGCAAAGAAGGUGCCAUUCAGUAAGAAUUUUGAGCUGGAUGAAGUGUUCUAGUGAACUUAAGGCUGUGAGUGUGUGUGUGUAUGGGGGGUGGGGUGAGAAGCUGCAAGGGGAAGCGGGAGAAGCAACAAGGAAGUUUUCAAUAAAAAAAUAUGUAUACCUAAGAGGAGCCUUUAUUUCAGUAUUUCUGGUGUGAUGUUAUAUGUUCCGGAAUCCGUUUACGGAAAUAAGAGUUUCUGGGUCUUUUGUCUUGGUGGACUCUGCUGAGGGCAGAGCCUUGCUGAAGUGUGGUCUCCUGGUGCACCUUGCAGGAGCCUGGCAAAGCCAACGCCUCGGUGGAGUCCAAACGAGUUAUAAGUAAAUGCACCUGGCAGAUGAUUGACCUGGACAGAUGCUAUGCAGCUGUGGGGAAUGUGUUACUGUUUUUACCAUGUUGUAGCAUUUUUUUUUAAUAUAAAGUCCUGACUUUAGAUAAAUUGUUGUGGCAAUGUCUUACGACAUGACAGGCAAGAAGGCGUUUCCUACAUCAGAUGUUAAGAGCCUAAUGAUAAGUAUGGGGUAGACAAGUGCACUCUCCCAAGAGUACUUUUUUUUUUCUUUUUCAAUGCCUUUUUGGUACAUAAAUAAUACUUUUUUAAAAAAGAAACUACAGAUGAGUUAAAAGACAAAAAAAUUACCUUUAAUAGACCAUCUUGUAAUAGCCACUGUUAACAUUGUUACAUAGCUUUUCAUACUUCUUUCUGUGCAUCUGUAUUUAUUACUUUCUCCAUGAAAUGGAAUCAUUUUAUACAGUUUUAUAACUUGCUUGUUUCCCUCUCAACACUAUAUUGUGAAUGUGUUUAUCAAUAAUGUGUAAUUACAUCAUUUUUAACGACUAUAUGGGUUGUACCUUGGAUGCUGAGGUUGUUUCUGAUUUUUUAGUGUUGUAGAUAAGGGUAUAAUGAAAUCCUUUCUUCUAACAUCUUUGUGAACUUUUCAGAUUAUUUACUUAGGAUACUUUUCUAAAAUUGGACUUUCUGGCUCAAGAGUCUGGUGGAUAUUAGAAGUGCUCCCCAUAUCUGCUUCUCCUUCCUGAGCAUUCAGGAGACUCCACUUUCCAGCCCUUUGUGGUCCCCAGGAUCCUAUGACUAAUUCUAGCCAAUGAAAUGUAAGCAGAAGUGACAUGAGACUUCCGGGCUAAGACUGUGAAGUGCCCGUGUACAGUUUUCUCUCCUCCCCGGCCUCAGAAGAUGAUGAUGUCCCCAGGUGGAGCCUGUGUCAGCCUGGGUCGCUGGGCGACUCUGAAGCAGCCCCUUCUCUGCCCCCCGCCAUACCCCCACCCACCAGCCUGCCAUGGACAUGUCGUGUGAAUUAAAAAUAAACUGAAGUAUUAGGCCAUUGGGAUUUCAGGGUUAAUUUGUUACUGCAGCAUAACAUAUCCUAUCCUGACUAAUAAUUUAAAAGUAUGCCCAUUUUUAAGACUUUUAAUAUAUUUUGACUCAAACUGCCUUCCAGAAAGAUGGCACCAAAUUAUACUCCCGCCAGCAGUGUGUGAGAAUGUCUUACUCCUAUUUACAAGCACUUUUUAUUAAAAUCCGAUCCUCACAAGCAAAAAUGUUUAUUGGAUUAUAUUCAUUGAUAAUUUACCUAUUCAUCUCCUCUAACCAGUUUUCUCAUAAGGUUUGUAGCUAUCUCACUGAUUUCUAAGAGUUUUUGUCAUAGAUAUUGUUAAAAAAAUUGUGAGUUAAAAAAAAAUGUUCAGACAUUUAAAAUAUUUUUAGUCACAUCUUUUCCUCUAUGAUUACUGCCUUUUCCAUCAUGCUUAUGAAGCCAGUUCCAGUCCCAAGAUUGUAUAGUCACGAUCUUUUUAUUCUUGUAUUUUAUUAUUUCUUUUUCAACAGUUAAAUUUCUGAGUCAUCUGGCAUUUAUGUAAAUUGCCCCAAUGCCAUGGAUUGAAAAAGUUAUCAUUUUCCUCUUGAUAUGAAAUGCCAUUUUUACUGUAUAUAUCCUUAUAUAUCCUCAAGCAUUUGCUGCACUUUCUCUCCUGGUUCCUUGAUUUGCCUGUGUAUCUGGCACUGGUACCCUACUGUUGAUUACCAUAGCUUUAUACUACAUGUCCCCAUUCAUUAAUCUCUUUUCAAAAAAUGCCCUGAUAACCUUUUGCAUAUUAUAUUUCCAAAAGAAAUUCAGAAUCAUUUUUAAUGUUUCAGAAGAAUUGGAAAUUAGAAGUAUACAAUUAGUAGGUUUCUAGAGAGAGAAUUAACAUCUUUAUAAUAGCCUUUCAUUUCAGUACAUUUAUUUUUUUUAUGUUCUU